UCCAAUUGAAGAAAUGGAGCUGCUAUUAUUAGCACUCCUUUUCUUCUCCUCUCUCGCCCCAAAUUCCGCCGCCGCGGAGCUCAACACCACCCGCCGCGCCCUCGCCGGCGCCGCCGGAUGCAACAUCUUCCGCGGCAAGUGGCUCUACGACGCCUCCUACCCGCUCUACGACUUCUCCAAAUGCCCCUUCAUCGACGACCAAUUCAAUUGCCUCAAAUACAACCGCCCCGAUCGGAGCUACCUCAAGUACCGGUGGCAGCCUUCCUCAUGCAACCUAGCCAGGUUUAAUGGGUUGAAAUUUCUGGAGAGGAUGAAGGGGAAGAAGAUCAUGUUUGUGGGCGACUCACUGAGUCUGAACAUGUGGGAAUCGCUGAGUUGUAUGAUUCACGCGUGGGUUCCCAACGCGAGGACUUCACUAAUUGAGCGCCAAGGACUGAGUCAACUCGCCUUCCUGAAUUAUGGGGUAAAAUUGCUAUUGUACCGUACCCCAUACCUAGUUGAUAUGGAGACCCAAAACGUGGGUCGGGUCUUGAAGCUCGACUCGAUCCGCAACGGCGACGCUUGGCUAGGAAUGGACGUUCUGAUCUUCAACACGUGGCACUGGUGGACCCACACAGGAAGUUCUCAGCCAUGGGAUUACAUAGAGGAAGGAGGUAAAUUAUACAAGGACACGAAUCGGCUGAUAGCAUACUACAAAGGGUUGACUACUUGGGCAAGAUGGAUCAAUCGAAACAUAGAUCCUUCAAAACCCAAAGUCUUUUUUCAAGGAAUUUCUCCCACACAUUAUGAGGAAAAGAUUGGAAUGAGCCAACAAAAUCAUGUAAAAGUGAGACACAACCAUACUUUGGAUUGAAGUAUCCAGCAAACACACCACCAGCUGCAGUUGUAGUGAACAAAGUACUGAGCCGAAUCAAGAAACCUGUUUAUUUGCUUGAUAUCACACUUCUCUCUCAUUAUAGAAAAGAUGCACACCCCACUGUGUAUAGCCUCCACAAUGGCUUG